AACGCGGAAGCGGGACGGCAACCAACCAUUUGCGAGAGCCAGCACCGCAACAGCGACAAGCCAUCCCCAAUUCCCCAUCUCCCGUAGCACAGCCUCCCCUUCGGAAAUCAUCGCCAUGGCCUCAGCACCGACGCCGCCGCCCCUCCUCCCGGUGACAAACUCCGCGGCUGCCGCCUCGGACGCGCCGAUCGCCACGCCGGCCUUCCGGCUCCUCCUGAGCCGGCUCUCGGAGUCGGCGCGGCGCUCGCUGUCCGACAGGCGGCCGUGGGGGGAGCUGCUGGACCGCUCGGCGUUCUCGAAGCCGGACUCCCUCUCCGACGCCACCUCCCGCCUGCGCCGCAACCUCGCCUACUUCCGCGUCAACUACGCCGCCCUGGUGGCCUUCGCGCUCGGGGCGUCGCUCCUGGCGCACCCCUUCUCGCUCCUCAUCCUUCUGGGCCUCCUCGCCGCCUGGUGCUUCCUCUACCUCUUCCGCGCCACGGAUCAGCCCGUCGUCCUCUUCGGCCGCACCUUCUCCGACCGCGAGACGUUGAUGGGCCUCGUCGGCGCGUCAUUCGUCCUGCUCUUCUUCACGUCCGUCGCGUCGCUCAUCAUCUCCGGCCUUCUCGUGGGCGGGGCCGUCGUCGCGGCGCACGGCGCGUUCCGCGUGCCCGAGGACCUCUUCCUCGACGAGCCCAACGCGGCCCCCGGCAACAGCGCGACCCAGGGGCUGCUAUCCUUCCUCGGGGCACCCGGAUCUGGGGUCUGAGGCAGCGGACGGCAAGAUCUGGUAGAGUUCUUGGGCUCGAGAAGUUCCUCGUAAGCUGGAAAUUGUUUGGAUCUAGUCUUGUAGCUGUAGCUUAUUCUUCCCCGGUUCCUCCUUGUGUACUUGCAGAUCUACUGGCCUAGUGUUGGUUUUCGAUUGAUACGUCGACUCUAGCACAGCAGAAUUAUCUCUUAAAUUCACGCUAUCCUGAGGUGUAGUGUUAAGUACUCCAAUGAAUAUGAAUUCAUGAUGUCGUAUCAAUAUAAAUGGUGUGUUCCUAGGAGCAAUGAGACAGUAAUACAAUUUGCUUGUUCUAUAAUUUCUUUA